AUGGAUAACACAAUUUGGUUGUAUGGAUUUUCCUCCAUGGACAUGAAGUCUACAGCAGCAGUGACAGAAUUUCUGGAGGCAUAUACCGGAAAAGGAACUGUUCAUGCUGUAAAGCUUUUUCCUCCCAAAGAUGGAAAGUCAAGAACAUUUGCCAUUGUUCGGUUCACACAUGCAGAAUUUGCUGAUAUGAUAAUUGUAUUAGCCGAUCAUUUGAGCCUGUGGUACAAUGAGUCUUAUCUGAUAGCCAAAAAAUCAAAGUUUGACAUCGUGCCCGACUCAGAAAUCUUUGAGCACUGCAUGGAACUUGUACGACUUCACUUGGGAUGUAAGAUUUCUGAGGAACAGUUUUCUGUGCUUUGGGAAAGAUCGGAUGUUUUGGUGAAAUUUGGGGUGGGACUUAAGAACAUCUACUUUUUUUUCUCUAAUGCUUCGGUUGAUUACAAGCUUAAGAUCACCCCUGAAAAUGGUAGCCAGAUUGAGCUACGUCGUCCACACGGUCAACUUACAAAGUUUCUUCUCAUCCAGUUACUUGGUGCCCCUCGGCUUUUCAAGAAAGCUUCCGGACAGUGGGUUCAAGGAGUUGAUUUUACUCCAUGCUGCAUUGGACAAUCUUCUGCUAUCUUGUCAGAUCCGUUUUUAAAUUCGGACAGUUGGUUGCAACCUUCCUUCUGA